CUUGUUGGUUUUCCCUGUACGGAAGUCCAGCAGAACCAGCUCUUUAUCGGCUAUAUCGACCGGAGUCCAAACGGCACGCAUAGUCUCCUAGUAGUCUCAGAGCAGCGGGCUAUUGAUUGCUGAGGAAUGUCCUACCCAAGGCAACAAGUUCCUGCCUCUACUUUCCAGCCGGGCAACGACGCCACAGGAACCUCCUUCGCACAACUUCCUCUCGAUGACCUCUUUCCCGCAGAAUUCGAUCCUUUGCUCCUCUACCCACCUUAUCAAGAGAGCGCCAUUCCCUAUGGCGGGUACCAACCCAGCUUCGGUGGGGUUCACGACCCCACCAACGGUGUAAUACACCAGCCGCCGACCCCAGAAAGGUCGCCCGCAUUCAUGUAUUCGCGCAUGCCCGACAUUGCCUUAGCACCUACGAUGAUGAGUUAUCCACCAACGCAUGCUCAACCGUAUUUGGUGUGGCUGCCUCCACCGGCGCACUACCAGCAUGUGCCUUACCCACGCGCGGGUCCGGGAUGGGCUGCGGCGGGUGGAUGGAGAAUGGUGCCGCGGUUCCCGCAGCACCAGCUUGCGUUUUUGAGGCCGGAUUAUGGUGGCCGGCCGCAUGGUGUCGGCCCGCAAUCGGGAGAUGGAGCCGUGGCAGGGAUCAGUCUACUGCAUCGGGGGAUGAAUGGGUUUGACGGAGGGAUUCGAGAGAUGUCGCCUGUUGGGUAUGAUGCAUUCCAAGGGCAGGCGUUGCGGGCGCAGGCAGGAGCAAUGGUUCCUGUGGGAUACAUGGGGAUGCACCCAGCGUAUCCUGCCAGCUUUCAUCAGCGCGUACCCGGGGAUGCUUCCCUGAAUCUCGAUAUCGACCACUUGGUGCAGCCUUCAAAUUCGGGGCAGGAAGACCCCCAGCAGCUGCUAGACUACCUAUCGCGACCGCAGCACAACAAAGCAGAUCUGCCGUCCCCAGAAUCGGAGAACCAGGCAGCGCUGGCAAAUCCCAUGUCUCCGGAAAUGGACAACGAGAUGCUCGAGAUCCUCUCGGCCGUCUUGGGAGCUUCACCGACGAAGUCUCCCGAGACGGAGGACACUUUCUUUGGGGCGGACUUGUUGAUAGGUCAAGCAGAAAGCUCGGUGGCCGAGCCUGAGAUCUCGUCCUUUGCGGCGGAGUUGUCGAUGGGCCAAGUAGAACGUUCGGUGGCCGAGACUGAGACCCCGUUCGCUGCGACGGAGUCGUUCAUACGCGAAGCAGAAACUUCGGCGAGUCAAUCCGGCGGAGCAGCACCGAAUGAGGAUCAGACCGACGGUUCCGAGGAAGAACAGGGUGACACCUCCACAGGCGUCUCAGACACGGACGACACCGUGGAUGAGAUGUUGAUUUACGCAGGCGUCUCUGACCUGCACGAGAACCUGAACAACCUGGACGACCUGUUCGCAGACCCUUCAGGAGCAGAAGAGGACAUCGACCACGCAUCAAUCGGCGUCUCAGAAGCGCCCGAAAACAGCUCAUCCAAACCGAUCUCCAAUUGGCAUCAGAAGGAAUAUGGCAACGCCGAACUCCAAGUUCUCAAAAAGAUGAAGGGUAAAACCAAAGCCGCGCUGGCGCAGAUAAUCAGGCAGGACCCGGACCCCGAAGACCACUCCGUCUGGAAAAAGAAGCUCCCAACAUCCAUCGGAGAGGUUCAGAUGGUAUACGUCGAGACGGGCGAUCGAUGCAUCGACACGCUCAGCCGGGUUAUGAGGCACGGCGAGAAGCACGCGGUGGAUAUACUCUCGGCUGCGUUGAACAGUUUGAAGUUUGAUCUGGAUAAGAUGGGGAUGGAGGAACGGAGGGUUGGGUUUGAGAGGUGGGAUGCGAUUUAUGGGGGACAGUAUUGGCGCCUGGUUGAGACGUAUGAGGGUGAUGAUGAGGACGGCGGUGGUGAUUCGUCCCGCAAGAAACCGAGAUUGCAGAACCAGCCACCCUCCACAACCCAAUCGGCGCAUCCGUCCCCGCACAACAACUCCCACCGCGCACAAACUCGACAUCCCGUCUCACACGCCUUAUCCUCCCAGCACCAGCGCCCGAAAGCAACGCGCGCACAGCCCAAGACGUACUUCGACUUCGAGGGGUACCUCGCCAAAAUGGCAAAUGACCUGUUGUUCAAGGCCCCAUUUACGCAGGCGUAAACAUCGGCACUGGAUCUGGAGGACGAGGAGAAAUGACCCUCGUCCAUGUUGUUGACGAGGUCGGGAAGUCUCGGAAAACCUGGCUUUAAGGUGAAGAAUGAAUGCGUCCCUUACCCCGCUCCCCCUUCCCGCCCGGCCGCCCCCCCCC